AUGUCGCCCACCAAGAUAGGCGGAGGGUAUGGCGAAAUUAGAGCGAGUAUACCCAUCGGGGCUCUGAAUGAGUAUCUCUCACAACAUACCCAUGUCAUCAAAGCCCCAGUCACAGUAAAGCAGUUUCAGUAUGGGCAGUCCAAUCCAACCUACUUCCUCACGGAUGUUCUUGGCAUUCGCUUUGUUCUCAGGAAGAAGCCCAGUGGAACGUUACUCUCGCCCACUGCGCAUGCAAUUGAGCGAGAGUUCCGAGUAUUGUCUGCAUUGCAGCUUUACAAUGAACAUACAAAGGAUGACACUAGGAAGAUCCCGAUCCCUAACCCCAUCAUACUUUGUGAGGAUCAGGCCGUAAUUGGCACGUCAUUCUAUGUCAUGGAAUUCCUCGAAGGGCGCAUUUUUGCUGAUUUCAAGAUGCCCCAGCUAUCUCCGAGUGAACGUAAAGCUUGUUGGUUGGAUGCCGUUCGUGUUCUCGCUUUGCUCGGAUCGCUUAAUCCAGGGGAUCUUGGACUUGAGACAUUUGGUCCCCACACAGCCUACUUCCCCCGCCAGAUCAAAAGCCUUGCGCGCAUUUCCCGCCUCCAAGCCGAAGCUGUCGACGUAGAUACCAAACAAACCGUAGGGCCAAUCCCGUACUUCGAGGAGUCUAUCCAAUGGUACUCUACACACUUGCCGCAUGAGAGCAAGGUCGGAACGAGAAUAGUCCAUGGUGAUUACAAAAUAGACAAUUUGGUUUUCCACCCGACGGAGACCAGAGUCAUCGGGAUAUUGGACUGGGAGUUGUGCACGUUGGGAAGUCCUCUCGCUGAUUUAGGGAAUCUCACACUGCCAUAUAAUUUCGGUCCAUCUAUUGCAACUACUGGAUAUCUAAGUGAAGGGUUGAGAGGGGCACCCCAAGAAGCAAUCCCGAUCACCUUGGGUGAAAUAGAACGAGAGUACUGUCAAGUUGCGAAAAUGUCGUAUCCUAUCAAGGAAAUGCCGUUUGUGCGAAGUUGGAUGACUUUCCGACUCGCUAUCAUCUCGCAAGGCAUUGCUGCAAGGCACGCCCGAAGACAGGCCUCAUCUCUGAGCGCCCAGGAUCAAGGGAAGUUAUUCCAUAAGCUGGGCCUUAUCGCUAGGGACAUAUAUAUCGAAGCCCGCGACGGCUCACAGCUUUAAAGACAUCUCGUAUUUCCCUUAAUACAUGAUUGGUUUUUGCAACCAAGGGCCCUCACCCUCUG